AACACCAGCGAGGCGGGGAGCCCCUCUGGCCGGGCUGCCGCUUGGUUUUGGGUCGUUUCUUGGAAUAAUCGGAUCAAACUUGAUAGAAAACAAAAGGCAAAUGCUGGUUGCAUCGAUCGUCUUCAUCAGCUUUGGUGUCAUUGCUGCGUUCUGCUGUGCCAUAGUAGACGGUGUCUUUGCUGCCAGACACAUAGACCUGAGGCCGCUGUACGCGGGGCGAUGUCAGUACUACUCCAAGAGCACGACCCCGCCUGAGGCGAUCUGUCACCCACAACGCCGUGCCCCCUGCACACCAAAAAUAAAAACCAAUACCUGCUUCUGCUGUGACCUGUACAACUGUGGGAACAGAGUGGAGAUUUCUGGAGGCUACUAUGAAUACAUUGAUGUCAGCAGCUGCCAGGACAUCAUCCACCUUUACCACUUGCUCUGGUCAGCAACAAUUCUGAACAUAGUGGGGCUAUUCCUGGGGAUCAUUACAGCAGCAAUCCUUGGAGGCUUUAAAGACAUGACUCCUUCCCUCCCUACGCUGAACUGUACGGUUGAAAAUGCACACCCUUCAGUGACCUACUACUCAAGGCCACAAGUGACAUCUUACAACACCUACUACCACAGCACUCCUCACCUGCCUCCCUACUCUGCAUAUGACUUUCAGCAUUCCAGCGUGUUUCCAGCCUCCACUCCCUCUGGCCUCUCCGAUGACCCCCAGUCCAUGUCGCCAUCUCCCAGCUAUAUGUGGGCCUCUAAUGCGCCGCCUCGUUACUCGCCACCGUAUUUUCCCCCUUUUGAAAAGCCACCACCUUACACACCAUAAAGAAUGUGGGAAAGAAGACAAAAAUGCUUGCCAUCGAAAUAAUUGUGAACAUUUUGUAUUUAUAUUUUACUGUGGGAGGCAGCAGGAGGAUAGAUACAGAACAGAAUUGCAAAUACAAAUAUUAGAUUGGACUGUUCUUUCUUGCGAGACUUUGUUUCAGAAGUUCAACAAUGGCCUGUGACAGAGGGGACAGACUGCUGAUGUUUUAAAGUGUUGGUGAGUAGCAGGUGACCUAAAUGUCAGCCUCUUUGGUUCAUGUAGUCCUUGAUUUUUAAUAAAGUGAUCCAACACAGAUGACAGAUUCUGGUCUGCCUUACUCCAUCUUGUGCCAAGCUGAAGUAAGGGCAGCCAGGAUCGAUAGGAGCCAGAGACUAUCAGUCUGUUUAAGGUGAGGGUGCUCGCAAACAGUGUGACUCGACACUGGUUUUGUUUGGCCUUCAGGCUCCAAUUGCUGGGAUUUUGGGCAGGGAGGCACAGGACUUGGCUCACAUCACUUGUUGGUUACAGCCUACACACUGGAAAAAUCUUGGGGGAACUGCAACAGUGUCUCAAACUUCAACCCUAUUGAAAAGAGGUAACAUCCUAGGAUAGUCUCGUAGAUUGUAGCAAAAUAACUGGAACAAUGCUUUUUUGAGGGGGGGAAUCUUUAAUAGGCAAGCUGUUUUUAUUUCAGAAUGCUUCUUCAAGUGAAAUGGAAGGUGAAAUGGAGUUGUCUCUCUCUGAAUUCUGUGUAAGUAAAGCUGAAGUCAAGCAUUUUGGGUGGUUGCACUGCCUAAAUCACCCUUGUAUUCCUAUAAAGAGCAUCAGAAGCUGUCCACAAGUCACUGAAACAGUGCAGUGAAAACAUAAUGUAUUUAUUUAUUUCCCUUUUGUUUGGUUGGGAUUUUUUUUUUAAGCUUGUACUUUUAACUUUUUUAAUGGACUGAAUCAGCUCCCUGAAUAAGCACUGUUUUAGUAGCUGUUUUAUGGGCUGCACAUAAGGAAUAUCCACUACUUGUUCUCCAAGACAUAAGUCUCACACAGUAAAAUUCAACACCCUGUAAUAUAGGAUGAAACUGAGGAAUUUGCAAUUACUGUUGUGACUUUCAUUUAAUCUUCAGCUGAUGACUAUGCUGACUGAUCUAGAUUAAAGCAGAUUUUGCAUGCAUCCUGCAUAACAAAAGAAGGUCAGCUUUGAUAUGUGACACACUGACCUGUAAAGUGUGGUUCUACUCCAGGAAGUGAUUUCAGAUGACAGUGUUCAGAUCUGAGCUGCUCAACCUGAGCAUUCUCAGCUGCUUACUUCAGGGAUACAAAUAAGGUAUUGACAUUUUACUACUUAUUUCCUAAAGAUUUAAUUUCCUUGGCCUCAGUUUGUUGACUCUAAUCCUCAGUUGCCUACCUUUACUUGCAACUGAUGCAGACCAAAAGGCACUUAAGAGGUUAAAUCUGGCUUUCAGAAUCAAAAAGUGGAAUAUAUGCUAGUGGGGUGGGGGAAAAUCCAGCUGGAUUUUAAAUUGUGGCAUCUCCUUUUAAUCUAUU